AUGGGAAAGGAAAAGACUCAUAUCAACAUUGUCGUCAUCGGACAUGUCGACUCCGGAAAGUCUACCACCACCGGACACUUGAUCUACAAGUGCGGAGGAAUUGACAAGCGUACCAUUGAGAAAUUCGAGAAGGAAGCCCAGGAGAUGGGUAAGGGAUCCUUCAAGUACGCCUGGGUUCUCGACAAGCUGAAGGCUGAGCGUGAACGUGGUAUCACCAUCGAUAUCGCUCUCUGGAAGUUCGAAACUGCCAAGUACUAUGUUACCAUCAUCGACGCUCCAGGACAUCGUGAUUUCAUCAAGAACAUGAUCACCGGAACAUCUCAGGCUGAUUGCGCUGUUUUGGUUGUCGCCUGCGGAACCGGAGAGUUCGAGGCCGGAAUCUCCAAGAACGGACAAACUCGUGAGCACGCUCUUCUUGCUCAGACCCUCGGAGUCAAGCAGCUUAUCGUUGCCUGCAACAAGAUGGACUCCACCGAGCCACCAUUCUCUGAGGCCCGCUUCACUGAGAUUACCAAUGAAGUAUCUAGCUUUAUCAAGAAGAUCGGAUACAACCCGAAGACCGUUGCUUUCGUUCCAAUCUCUGGAUUCAACGGAGACAACAUGCUUGAGCCAUCUACCAACAUGCCAUGGUUCAAGGGAUGGGCCAUCGAACGCAAGGAAGGAAACGCAACCGGAAAGACCCUCCUCGAGGCUCUUGACGCUAUCGUGCCACCACAGCGUCCAACCGACCGUCCGCUUCGUCUUCCACUUCAAGACGUUUACAAAAUCGGUGGAAUUGGAACUGUUCCAGUCGGACGUGUCGAGACUGGUGUUAUCAAGCCAGGAAUGGUCGUCACCUUCGCCCCACAGAACGUGACCACUGAAGUCAAGUCCGUCGAAAUGCAUCACGAGUCUCUUCCAGAGGCCGUUCCAGGAGACAACGUCGGAUUCAACGUCAAGAACGUCUCCGUUAAGGACAUCCGUCGUGGAUCUGUCUGCUCGGACUCGAAGAACGACCCGGCCAAGGAGGCUCGCUCGUUCAACGCUCAGGUCAUCAUCAUGAACCAUCCGGGACAAAUCGGAAACGGAUACACUCCAGUUCUCGAUUGCCACACCGCUCAUAUCGCUUGCAAGUUCUUUGAGCUCAAGGAAAAGGUUGACCGUCGUACCGGUAAGAAGGUCGAGGACUUCCCCAAGUUCCUCAAGUCUGGUGAUGCCGGAAUCGUUGAGCUCCACCCAACCAAGCCAAUGUGCGUCGAGUCAUUCACCGACUACGCUCCACUCGGACGUUUCGCUGUUCGUGAUAUGCGUCAGACCGUCGCCGUCGGAGUCAUCAAGUCGGUCGACAAGUCGGACGGAUCCGGUGGAAAGGUCACCAAGGCUGCCCAGAAGGCCAUCGGAGGAAAGAAGAAGUAA